AUGCCGGCGGCUGGCCCGCUUUCCCCCGGCUCGGCUCUGCAGAAGCGGCGGCUGGUGACAGGAAGAGAACGGCGGCAGCCGCGCGCGCACGCACCGCCUCCCCCUCCCGGGCACACACACACCCGGACCCGCUGCCGCCGCCUACCUACCCCGCCGGCCGGCUUCCUUCCUCUGCGGGGCCCAGGCUGCAGCGGCGGCUUCCGACGCGCCUCUGACCCGGCCCCGACCCGCCUGUCGUUCCCGAUCCGAGCUCUGCGGCUCCAACCCGCUAGCCCGCCGCCCUCGUCGCGGCCGCUUCCUCCAACUCCGCUCCAGCUGCUCGCGACUCCUCUCCGUCAGCCCGGAGCUCCGGCGCCCAGCCCCGGCCCCGCCUCCGGCCCGGCCCAGCGCGCCCCGCCCCCGAGCCCGAGCCAACCAGCGCGCACGUCUCCGCCCCUCUCCGCUGGCGCCGCGCCCUCCGCCGCUGCCACUCACUGUGCCGGCCUGCGAGCCGGGCGGCCGGAGGGGUGGAGCUCCGGUUCUGCGGACCCUUCCUGCGGCCGGGCUAGCCUUCCGCCCCCGGCCGCGGGGAUGCCCCGGACCGCGGGACCGCGCGCCACCUCCGCGGUAGAGCGCUCUGGGUCUGUGCCUGCCCGCGGCAUCGCCAGCUGCCGGUGUCUCCGAGACCAGAGACGGUGGGGCUGGGAGAGAGGUGGAGGGCGAGUUCAGACUUAG